AUGCAGUUUGCUACAUUCCUGCUGGUCGCGCUCCUGUCUAUCUUCGACAUAACCGUUGCAGCUCCCACCUAUCACUACCACACCGUGAACCCUGCCCUGACCUGGCAUGUCUCCAACUUUUAUACUGGCUGCUCUCCUGAGGCUUGUGACUAUCGAUUCGAUAUUAUGGGUAUCACUACUCCAAACACUCCCGGGUUCAACACUACGUGCAACGGCACCGACGUGGAGACAGACUACAGCUUUUGCAGAGACAAACACAUCAAAGCUAAAGUAACAGCUUUGAAGCCUCGCGGAUGGAAGGUCGAGGUCAUGCACGCUUGGUUCAAACCUGGAGCCGAAUUCUACGCCGAGGGUUCGGCCAACGUCACAUCUACUAUGAGGAACUUUACUAUUCCUGUGACGGAUACAUAUGGUGCUGCUUGA